UUCUAUUUCUUUCUUCUUUCGCAUCAUCGCUAAAUUUUGCGAUUCCAUUCGAUGGAGAACUGAUUUAAAACAUAUAAUCGCAUUAUUUGAUUUCUGCCCUAUUUUUCUCUGACCUUUUGUUUGGGUAGGUAUGGUGGAUCCAUGGUGGAUAGUGUUAGGUGCAGCAAUACCAGCAGUAAUUACAGGGCAAGCGAUCAGGAAGAAGAAAAAGAGAGCAGAAGAGGAAAGGCUCAAGAGUGCAAGAGGGCGCGAAAAAAACUCUGAUGAAAUAUUUGUUUGCGAGAAAGUAUGUACAUCAAAGAGAAUGUUGAAGAAGGUUGGUGCAUUUUCUAAGGACCCAAUUAUAGAUACUUGUGUUACUGUCUGUGGGGUUUCUGAAAUUGAUGCUUGCGCUGAUGCUUGUGCAAGAACUGUCUGUGUUAAUCAACAUCAAGUGCCUAAUUGGAAUGAUGUUUGCUUAAGAAGGUGUCAAAGCGAAUGCCUUGGACUUUCCAAUUCCUCCUCUCUUAAUUCUUGAGAGUUCAAUGUAACUCUUUUUCAUUUCUUGGAUCCUUUGGUUUGAGGCUGGAUGUUAAAAGCAUCUUAAAUUUUAUUGUUGAAAAUCUUUGUUUAAAACCUAAUUAUACUUGAAAUUGCUUCUUUAGUUUUCA